AACAAAAACAGAGUCGUUAUCCUGCAACCUUCCUACAUCCUUUGUCUUUUUGUUUGGAGAAAGAUCAAAUGUUAGUAUUGAAUAUCUGGACAUGCAAGUAAAACCGAUGGGCUGCCCGGAUGGAAAAUAUGGCUUACGUUGUCAUAAAGACUGUAUCUGUAAGAACGGCGCCCGCUGCCACGGGCUUAACGGCGCCUGCAAAUGUCCGCCCGGCUGGAAAGGUGUAGUCUACAAAAAAGUUGCCGGGUGUGAUGAAAUGUGUGAUUGCCUGCACGGUGCGAGCUGUGACCGCUGGGCCGGUUGUGUCUGUCCGCCGGGAUGGACGGGACCCAGGUGUCAGACACAAUGUCCCCCUGGCAUGUACGGUAAAGACUGUGAAAAGUACUGUAUUUGUGAAAACGGUGCAAGCUGUAGCCCUAUCGACGGUCGGUGUAACUGCAGCAGCGGAUGGUACGGAAAGAACUGCAGCAAACCGUGUCCAAACGGCCGGUUCGGUCAGCAUUGUCAGCGGGGUUGUACCUGCAAGAACCGUGCUACAUGUGAUAACGUAGACGGCAGCUGCACAUGCGUAACACCGUGGACCGGACUGAACUGUGACCAAUUGCAGCAAGCAACAAGCAGUGACGAACCGCUGCUGGAAAGCCUUGUCUCACUGGGCUCCUUAGUUUUCCUUGCUGCCAUAGUGAUGGCAAUACUCUACAAAAUGGGCAUUCUGGCUUGUUCUGCACCAGACGCAGGCGAGGAGGAAAAGAUACUUUUCGAGCUGAAGAAAAUGGAGCAGGAUCUGGCGCAGAGCCUACAGCCGGGCUGGCUCGGGCGUUGGGAGAAGAAGAUCCGCCAUCUUACUCCUGGUCCCCUGAUAGGGGAGGGAAUGUUCGGUCAGGUCAGGAAGGCACGACUUCGCACACCCGAGGGAGAGAUCACCGUUGCCGCCAAGACAUUUCGCGUCGAGGACUCGCAGUCCUACCGAAAUUUCUACAGAGAAGCAGCCAUAUUGGUCUCCGUGCACCAACAACGAAAUGACGAUUAUCCUGAGUCCAAUAUUGUUCGUCUUCUUGGGCUCAUUACCAAGUCACCCGCGAAGUACAUUCUGCUAGAAUAUGCUCCCAAGGGCGAUCUUUUGGGUUUUCUUCGCCGAAUACGAGACAUUAAUGAGGAAGGCCUGUUUGGAAGCCUUCUUGGAUACGCAGUUGACAUAGCCCGGGCUCUCCAAGAACUGGGACGCCUGAGAAUCGCCCAUCGUGACGUGGCCGCUCGUAACGUCCUCAUCACUGCAGAUGACGUGGCCAAGCUAGCUGACUUUGGAUUGGCCAGAGAUGUCUACGUCACUACGCAGUACGUCCGAUGCACCCAGCCUGGCCUUGACGACUUCCUACCGCUGAAGUGGAUGGCGCUGGAGUCCAUCGAGACCGGCGAGUACACCUGUCAGAGCGACGUCUGGUCCUUCGGUGUGCUGCUGUGGGAGAUCGCCACGCUGGGACAAGAUCCGUGCUACGAUGGCAGGACUCAGCUCACCUUUCUCCAGAUGGUGGGGGUUCUGAGGCAGGGAAAACGGCUUACCAAGCCAGAGGGAUGUCCGGAGGACCUGUACCAACUAAUGAAGGAGUGUUGGUGCGACGUUCCUGCUACAAGACCGACACCUGAAGAGGCUGAAGAGAGGCUUCUGCAACUGAGACGUGAACUGCUUCCACGCGAUGCCAUUGAAAUGGAGACUGUGGUUUAG